ACAUUUACAUAAACGUUCAUAUUAUAUCAAUAUAUAAAUAAUAGAAAUGAGAUCAUCAGCAAGACUAUUGAAACAUGUUCCAUUGAUUAAAUUUGUGGGAGGUCCUCACACUGCCAAACACAUUUCACACGAAGUGAAACCACAUCCAUAUGCUCCUAAUGGAAUAUUACCUAGUUCCAUUACUGCAGCCAUUUCGAAUUAUUUCAAUUCAAAUCCAAUAGAGCCAAAAGAAGGACAAUUCUUCUCAAGAUCGGAAUUAUCACCAAGAUUCAGAUACAAAGCUCCUAAGGAUCUUGAAAUUGAUGAUAUCCUUAGUGGAGGUGCUGAUAUACUUUAUUGAGAAUUUCACGUCAUUUAUCCAAAGUCAUAUACAUAUAUAUUUCAUUUGAUAUCUUCAAUGGAAUCUUAGAGUUCUUCACACAUCCAUUAAAAAAUCUUUACGUACUUACAUAAAAUUUAUGAAUACAAAUCGAUACAAUUCUGCUUAUUUUAUAUACAUGAUUAGAAUCUAAAAUCUAUUCAAUCCCCAGAAAAGGUGAAUUGGAAGAAGUUGUUCCUUGUAGUUGUAGUUGUAGUCAUAAAAUUAUAGAUAGUUAAGAAUAAUUUCCUGCACACAAUACACUGUAGAAUUUAAUACAACG